AUGACAAUCCACAAGAUCGCCGUUAUUCAGUUCAGCCCGAAGGCACCCAAUGAGAUUGAGUCCAAUCACCAAAGAGCCGUAUCAUUCAUCAGGGAUGCAGCCAGCUCCGGGGCAGACUUAGCAGUGCUCCCGGAAUACCAUCUGGCCGAUUUUGCCCCGGGCCACGAUCCUGAGAUUCGCAAGCAAUGUGCCAACUGGAAAACAUACCUGAAUGCAUAUUGCACCCUAGCUAAAGAGUGCAAUAUCUGUAUCGUUCCGGGAUCCCUCGGAGAACUGCAGUCUGACGGUACGAUUGUUAAUGCGACGUAUUUCAUCGACAAUACCGGCGACAUCAAGGGAAGAUACGAGAAGAAGAAUCUCUGGCACCCCGAGAGACCAUUUGUCAAAGGCUCUGGAAACGACAGCCGUCAUGUCGCCUUCGACACCCCCCUUGGAAAGGUUGGGUUGUUGAUCUGCUGGGACUUGGCAUUCCCGGAAGCGUUCCGAGAGUUGAUUUUGCAGGGUGCAAAGACAAUUAUCAUACCGGCAUUUUGGAGAUAUACCGAUGCGGGAGACGUUGGCAUCAAGCGUAAUCCCAAAUCAGAGGGAGAUUUCCUGGAUGCCGCUGUUGUCAGCCGAGCCUUUGAAAAUACCUGCGCUGUGGUGUUUUGCAAUGUUGGUGGUCCCUCGGAAGACGGAUUCGCCGGUCUUUCUCAAGUUGCGAUGCCAUUCUUCGGUCGGGUCGAGAGGUUUGAUACCAGUGAUGAAGGCAUGAAGAUCGUCGAGCUUGAUAUGGAUGUUCUUGAAGAGGCUGAGGGGGAAUACAAAGUGCGGCAAGAUCUUGCUACCCCAGAUUGGCACUACGGAUAUCGCCAAUGA